GAAGUCUCCUCUCCAAAUUGGAAGACAAUUUGUUGUUUCAGAAAAGUUAUUGUCUCCUAGUGACAAACCGGCAGGCCAUCGGGAACCCCUGUGUUCGUCUUCAUCCUGGUCCCCACGAGUUCUGAGCGUCGCAUUCUUUCGUUUUGAUCCCGGUUUAGCGGAAGCUCAACAAGCACCUGCGAGAGCACCCGCGGUAGCACCCGUAGGAGCACCCGUAGGAGCACCAGCGAGAGCACCGCGGAGCUCACCACCUGGAGAUGAGAAAUGGGACAAAGUCAAGGUUGGUUACUGGCCAUCCUACGCCUCGCAGAUGUUCCCAGCAUCGGAUCUCAGCACAGACGUGUACACGCACCUCUGCUUCGCGUUCGCGAACGUCAACAGCACAACUUUCCGGGUGGAAAUCCCGGUGGAGACGAUGGAUGUCGCGCGAGAGUUUACGAGCCUGGCCAAGAGCAAGAAUCCGCUCAUCAAGACCCUCGUCUCGAUAGGUGGCGCCGGGGCCAACACGACGGUCUUCUCGCAGAUGGCGAGCAGCAGUUCCAGCAGGGGCGAAUUCGUGCGGAGUAGCAUCUCCUUGGCACGAACUUACGGGUUUGAUGGCAUCGACGUGGACUGGGAAUUCCCUCACUCGGCAGCCGACAUGACCAACAUAGCUUCGCUCUUCUCCGAGCUCCGCCAACAAAUCGAUUCCGAGGCGCAGUCGACGUAUCGCAGCCGACUGUUACUCACUGCAGCGGUGUACUACAGCAACAUGGCCAGGGACCCUUCGAUUCCGGGCAUGCGCUACGAGUACCCAGUACAAACCAUGGCUAGAACACUCGACUGGGCGAACAUCAUGUGCUACGACUACCACGGCACCUGGGAGCCAUCUCUCACCGGCGAGCACUCGGCUCUCACAGAUCUCUCGUCAAAUCUAAGCUCCAGCUAUGGCAUCCAAUCGUGGCUGGAUGGCGGGCUUCCUCCUCACAAGGCGGUGAUGGGCUUGGCCGCGUAUGGGCGAUCGUGGCUGCUGGCAAACUCGUCGCUGGAUCACGGCGUCGGUGCUGCUGCGCGGGGGCCCGGGCCGGCGAUGCCGGGUGGAAGUGCCGAGACGGGGGUCCUGUUCUACAGCGAGAUCCAGGAGUUCAUCCGGUCGAAGAACGCGACAGUGGUAGACGAUAGCGAGACGAGCAGCGCGUACGCGUUUGCUGGGGAUUUGUGGGUGGGAUUUGAUAACCAGGCAUCGAUCGAGAAGAAGGUGGAGUUUCUCAAGAGCAAAGAGAUGCGUGGGUUUUUCUUCUGGACGGCAAGUUUUGAUAGCGGCGCGGUGCUCACCACCACAGCCUCCCAGACGCUUGAUCGGGAAAGUGUACCUCCACCAUUUCCUGGACCAAAAGAUGGAGAGAAAUCAGGGGCUUUGCGAAGCAUUAGAUUCGAAAAGAGUAGGCUAGUCUUGUGGAUCCUCCUGUUUGCUUUUCCCAAUCUUCUCCGUUGACGGAAUGGCGUUGAUAUUCUCAAUAUUAAUUCG